GUCUCUGGUCUGCAACUAUCACACAACAUCACAGAAGUCUCCCCCUCUCACUCUCCAGGCCGCGCCGCCGCAGUCCUUCCACCACCACAACCGCGGCAGCCUGGCGAUUUCUGGGCACAGCCCACUUCUGCUGCUUCACCUUCACAGCCAACGGGUAAGGAGGCGAAGAUCAAGAAAGUGACGAAUUUUAUUUUACACAUCACUCGACACUGAAAAAAAAGAGGAAGAAGAAACCUCCCGCGGAUAUGGUUACCCAAAACGGCAUCAAGCUCGCCGUUCAUCUAAUCUCCUCUUACUUUGGUGAUAAUGUCGCGAAAGUAUGUGAGUGUCUUCUCCGCAGAGGAACCCUACCAUUGGCACAAAUAAUACAAUAUACUGAACUUGAGAAAGAAACUGUUCGAUGCUCUCUGCUCGUAUUAAUCCAACACAAUUGUGUUCAAGCCUUUUCAAUCAUACAGGAAGGUGGGUUUGGAAAGGCAUCGAGGGUUAUAACCCAGUACAUGGUGUUGUUUGAUAACAUAAUCCACCAUAUGAGGUUUCCUAAGUUUUUAGCGAUGGUGAAGUAUCUUGGUAAAGAAUGCGAAGAUAUAAUUGAAGGGUUGCUUCAACACGGUAGACUUUCCUUGAAACAAAUUUCAGACAGGCACAAGGAUACUUCUAAUCAAAGUGCAGGAAAUUGUACGGCUCAGGAUGCUGUAAAGGAAAAUUUUAAUAAACUUGUUAAUGCCCGGUAUGUGGAACGCUGCCCAGCUCAUGAACCAAACGUUGCACCACCAGAUGAAGAAGAAACUUCUGUGAAGAAGAAAGUUUCAAAGGCUGAUAAGAUGGCAGAAGAAUCAAAGACUUUAGAGGAACGAGCUUUAUCUGAAGCAGCUCCUAUGGAAUCACAAAGAUUUUUAGUUGAAACAUAUAAUGAGAUUGAUGUUGAUGAAGAAAAUAGCAAAGAACACCCCACUAGCGUGCCAGUUGGGGAGAAGCGCAAGCGGGGUGAUUUAGAGUCAGAUGCGAUAGAUGGGGCUGAAAAGACAAAGAAAGAAGUUCUUUGGCGACCCAAUUUUGAAGAAUUUAUGCGGCGCCUUAGGCAUAAGGCUUGCAUUGAAAAUGUGAGAACACGGCUUGAUGAUGGAGCUGGCAUUGUUUUAAGUGCAAUGCUGGAGGCAACCAGAAGUAAAGAGACUAAAGUGAAGACGGAAAAUUCAAUUCCCCUGUCCAUGGAUGCUAUUUAUGAAGAGGUAAUAAAGAGUAUAGAUGGUCGUACCAUGACCUUAGAACUCGUCAGAGUUUCCCUUGUCCAGUUGGGAUGCCAUCCCCUAGAUGAGACAUAUAGUAUUGAUUUGAAGAGCAUUAUCGAACUGGCUCAAAACGAGGAGGUGGAAUCAAUAGUGUUGAAAAGAUAUGGGAGGGAGGCUUACAGGAUGUUCAGGUUAUUGUCAAAGGCUGGUCACCUACUUGAAACUGAUAAGAUUUCAGAUACCACAUUUGUUGAUAAGAAAGAUACAGCAAAGACUCUUUACAUGCUCUGGAAAGAUGAUUACCUGCAUAUGGAGAAAGUAAGCACGUUUGGAGGCAAACAGUCAAACUUCUUGUUGUGGAAAGUCAAUAAAAGUUCUCUUUGGGAACAUGUCCUAGAUGAGAUGUACCAUGCUGCCUUAAAUUUGAGAUUACGAACUGCUUAUGAGCAAGAAAAAGAAAAAGAGGUUUUGAUGAUACCAAAAGACAAACUUGUAGGGGAACUUGCAAAAAGACGGAAGCGAUUGCAAAAAGUCAGGAUUGUCCUUGAAUCUUCCCUGAUGAAGCUUGACGAUGCUAUCAUGCUCUUCCAUAACUUCUAAAGUUUAAAGCUUGUAUGACUUUAAAAAAGUUUUAUUAUUGCUAAUGAGUUAUUAUUAUAAAUAAGUUAUAAGUCUAGUCACUCCUGGUUUGUUUUACUCUUUUGUGUGUCGGGGGCAUUUUUAGAUCCUUGAUUCCCAAUAAAAUAGGCUGGUGUCUUGAAUUUUAAAA